AGACGCGGGGUGGAGAGAGAUCGGUAGAGAGAGGAGACGGGGGGGAUAGGAGUGAGGGAUGUAGCGCCACCUCGCAUUGCCCCUCGCGCCCUCACCAGUCUGGUGUCUCCCCCUAGUGCACACUCGGUGUUCAAGCUCAGCUGCGAGGGGAGCUCCUGCUGACUUGUUACCCUGUUGACCUCUCGCUCGAAUCUCGACCGUGAUCCUCCCCGGCCGCAUUUUCCUGAAGACUCCCUCGGCUAACCCGCAGCUCGCGACCCUUCUCCACCGGCCUGACAACCCCCGCCUGCUCGUCCCGUCUCCACCUCGGCCACCCCCCCGGAGCGAUGAGCAGCAGGACGUGGCCCGGCCUGGCUCGCUUCUUCGCAUCGCCGCUGCGGGCCUCGCUCUCGCAGCGGGCCCCGCGGCUCGCCUGCCCGGCGGCCCGCGGGGCCCGCAGCGAGAGCGGCCAGGCGGCACGGCACGACGGCCCCCGGCCGUGGCUGAGCUGCGAGUCCCCGCGGGUCGAGGCGCUGGUGCAGGGGGACGUGGAGGUGAGCGAGGAGUUCGUGAGCGAGGAGGAGGAGCGGCUGCUCGUUAAGGACGUGGAGCCGACCCUGCGCAGGCUCAAGUAUCAGUUCGACCACUGGGACCACGCGAUACACGGAUACCGCGAGACGGAGACCCGCCGCUGGGGGGAGGGAAACCGGGCCACGCUAGCGCGAGUGCUCGCCAGGGCCUUCCCACCGGGUACCGAGGUCAUGCCACUCACACACGUGCUCGACCUGGACGCAGCCGGGUUUAUCCGCCCCCACGUGGACAGCGUCAAGUUUUGCGGGAGCAUCAUCGCAGGACUCAGCCUCUUGUCGGCCAGUGUGAUGCGCUUCGUGCACGAGCAGGACCCCACCAUCAGGGUCGAUGUGCUGUUGAAGCCACGCUCCCUCUACAUCAUCAGGUGUGUGCCACACCUCCUCGCGCCCCUAUCCCCCUGCUGUGCGCUCUGCACCAUCCCGGUUCGUGUGGUAUGCACAGUUCUUCACGCAAACGCGUUGCUGCCCUUUCUCAAUCUGCUGCUGGCAGAGGACGGGUUCGUUACGAGUUCACGCAUGAGAUUCUCAAGGACGAGGAGUCAUUGUUCCGGGGCGAACGCGUUCCCCGUGGUCGCCGCGUGGCAGUCAUCAGCCGGAACGUCCCCGAAGAGGAGCAGCUCGCCUGAGCCUGGGCAGUGCGGAUUCUGGCCGUACGGAAAAAUCCUAUUGCCUGGAGGUGGCAUUCGAACUUGGGAGGAACGUGUACGUGACCUCAGCUUUUUAUUGGAGACACUUUAUGGCUACGUACAAAACAGCAUCACAUGGCAUCGUCAAAUGAGCAGUACAAAAUAUUGAGCGCAUUUCUGUAUAUAAUAAAAAA